ACACACAGCUACUAGACUGAGAAGCAUGAGCGCUCUGAAUAGGGCAAAUCCUACCCGUGACUACAUAGCGCGAAUAACUAUCCACUGGCCAUGUCUUCUACAAGAAAACAAUAUUUUACACUUUUCGGUCUCGCUUUGAUGAUUGUUUGCUUGACGGUUGUUAUGAAGAAAUGGCACCUUGGUCUCAGGAGGAGUUUUGUGGAUUCUGAUCUGGAGGUCUCGUCUCUGCGCAGCGCGUUAUUACAGCACAUAGAACAGAGACAGCACGAGAUCGCUCGGUUUUACAACGUGAAUAACCGAUCACUAGACAUACAGUCAACUUUUCCCAACGCGGACGCAUUUAUGGAUAGAACUUUGGAGACUUUGGGGUGCAGUGAUUUGAGCAGCUGGACAGUUGUGGAUGUUCUUGGCGCAGGUUACACAAAAACCGUGCUAAAAGUGGUUUUACCGCAGGGUUCAGAAGUGGCUUUGAAAACCGUGAACGAUCAGGGGACAGACAUGAGAUCUUGCUUGGAGGAUUUCAGGGAUCCACAGGGAUGCCAGGAUCUCGUGUCUUACAAACUGAGAAAGGAGAUCAUCCUGCUGCAGAGAUUACAGCACCCUAAUAUUGUAAAGCUGAAAGGUCAGUGCCAGGACAGUGCUCUGGUGGGUGGCAUCACAGCAGUGCUGGAGCAGGGAACCCCAGUGCAGAUGAUUCAGCUCCUGCAGAGCCCCUGGGAAGAGCGCUUUCGGGUGUGUCUCGGCUUGGUCAGGCUUCUUCACUAUUUGUCACUUUCUCCUCUGGGCUCUGUGGCCUUGCUGGAUUUCCAGCCUCGUCAGUUUAUCAUGGUGUCUGGUGAGCUCAAGCUGACCGAUCUGGAUGAUGCCAUUGUAACUGAGACACAAUGCAGGACAACUUCAGAUUGCGUGCUGCAGUUUCCACUGCGCAAUUUCACCUUCCCAUGCUCAGGCAGUGGCGUAUGUCAAGGCCUCAAUGAGAUGAGGAACCUCUAUAAUGCUUACAGAUAUUUCUUCAUCUAUCUGCUGCCUCAUCAGGCCCCAACAAUACUGAAACCGCUUAUGGAUCAGAUAAUGAAUGCAACAGGGGAACUGAAACACAGUGUUAACAAAACACUAGAAGCCUUUGAAGAAGUCUUGGAUGUAUACAGAUCUGGGCUACAUCUACAGAACAUCCCUUCAUCUGCAAUUAACGACUAUGCUGUGCUGAAAGGCAUGGCUACAUCUGGAAAUAAGGAAUACAAAUGCUGGCCUUCUUACAACCAUCAUGGAUGCAUGCUGUCUGUGCACGGUGCUGCAGAGGCUGCCCACAUUUGCAACUCUCACCCACAAUGCACCAGCUUCUCUCUCAGUGACCAAAAGACAUGGACAGGUCGACUUCUUGCCUCGUUCAGAAGCAGCUUCAGUCAUCUGGUUCCAGAUGUGAGCUCAACAGUCUACGUGAGGACGGCCAAAGCCUCUGCAACAACUCUUUAAAGGGGGGGCGGAAAAAAGAGAGCAAGAGAGAAAGCGAGAU